AUGUCAACCAGCUUUGCCGGUCCUUCUCGCCACGCUCCUUCCAAACCUCAACUAGAUCCUCACUCCAAUUCUCCCCCCAGUCUCACUACUACCGGCAGCCCCACCUCUAGCGAUUCUACCGGCGACGACGAGGUUUCGGCCAAAACUCGCGUCCACCGUCGUCGACCAGGAGAGGUAGCUGCACAAUCCGCCAACUCCUUCUCGCCUAGCAUCUGGAGCGAACAUCCACACUCUCUCAUACCCGGCCUCGACCUCAACGACAUCGAACCACACCCAGAGAUCAAACUCGGAUUCGGAAACAUGAACUUUGGUGGUUGGGACACCCAGAGCGACGCCGACCUCUCGAUGGAUAUCCAUUCCACCUCUAGCACUGAAUACGGCUUUUCACCACACUCUAUCCAAUCACCUCCUUCAUCUCAUACUGCCAUGGCCACUUUUUCCGGCGCAUCACAAACCAUGACGCAGGGCAGCCCCAGUGGGUUCGAUAGCAAGACCGGCUCCAUCUCACACCACCCUACCCACACAGCCAGCUCAUCCACUUUUGCUGGUAGUGGCGAGGAUUCGGAUGGUCACCUUGCAUGGACGGGCAAGACGAGCGACAAUGAUGAAGCCAUGUUCGAUUCUUUCCUUCAGGCAGGCUCCUUCGACUCGCCUGCUAUCAAGUCCGAGCCCGCCUUCUCGCAGCCAUCCUCGAACGGCGCCAACGGUCACUCUUUUGCAGCCAUCAACAUCCCAACGUCGUCAACCAGCACCAUGAUGCCGCCUUCAGCGCCUGCCAAGCCAGCUGCCUUUCGCUCAUCCAAAGCCAGUGCAAGCGCUUCAUCCUCUCGACGCAACUCAGGCUCUCGACGCAACUCAGGCGAGUCCUCCGAGCCAAGCAAGCUUGCAGGCACAUCCAACGCAGCCACGCGUCGAACUGGCUCACAGACCGCAGUGCACAGCAACAACCUCGACGCUGACCUGGGCUUUUCAGCUUUCGAAAUCAUUCGUCCAGCACGCGAGGGUCUUACAGAUCUCCAGGUUCACGUCCACGGUGUACCAAUGCACGGUGCCAAGUCGCGCGUGGAGACGCAGAUCAGGAUGAGGAUCGAGCUUGUCCGUCCAAAGACAUCACCAGGCGGUUGGGAGCGCAUCGGAUCCUUCACCCACAUUAAGCUUCCUCCUCUCAGUGGCACCAAGCGCAAGUCCAAGAAGUACCAGAAGACAGACGUCCAGCCCGAAAGGACGCUCUUUGUCGAUGCCACUGUUGUUAACGCGACACCUCCGCACGACCGUGUCUAUGUUUGCAAGGGUUGCCGUCAACGAGAGCGCAAGCGUGCCCACCGCAAGAAGGACCCCAAGACUCCACAGGACGGUCGUCCCUCCGAGGAAGAAAUGAAGACACUCGGCGUCGAUCCUAACGCUCCUGACGCCGUCGAGAGGACACAAGAACGAAUGGAGGAAGAGGAGAAGAAACGCGUCGUUCUCUUCAACUGCGGUGACUUUGUUGAAUUCGAAGAAGGCGAAGCCGUCCUUCCAACGCGUAUCACCUGCUACUGUCGUCAUCAUAAGGAGAAGGUUGGCUUCUGCGUCAUCUUCACCAUGCGAGAUUGGCAGGGUCGCUUGAUCGCCACGGGCUCCACCCCUCCCAUCAUGAUUACUGACGACCACAAGUCCAUGGGUAUUGCUGCUCAGGCCGCCGCCGCCGCCGCUGCUGCUGCUUCCGGUGGUGCUUCCAACGCAUCAUCACCCUCAGCGCCAGCAUCUUUCGGCGUCAUCAAGCAGGUCAACGGCACCAGUCCCCGCAACUCUGCCUCAUCGCAAUCUCAGAGUCAGGAAGAUCAAGCCAGCGCAGCCGCUUCCACAAGUGGUGGUAUCACGCCCAACGGUAGUGCCUCAAUCGAAGCCCCCGCCAAACAAAGGAAAGAGCGUUCUAAGCCCUACGAUGGCAAUCGUCGUCGACGCAACACCUCGGGCAAGGACCUCAACAUGACUCCUUACUCGGGCACAGGUCAGAAUACACCCGCGAUCGCUGCUACCUCCCCUCCUGCAACCGCCAAUGGCAACGGAAAUGGUGUCGACUUUACUUCCGCCGACUUCUGGAAUGCCUUCGCCUACGCUGGUUCUACCAUGAACGGUUUGGGCCGCAGCAACAGCACCAGCACAGGCACCAAGACGCCUGGCGAUACAUCGAGCCUGGGUGGCUCUCCCGCGCCUGCCGGCUUGGUUGGUGCUGGUACGAUGCAGCCCAUGCAGCAGCCUAAUGGCCUUCCGCAAGCGCCUUUGCAAUUACCACAGAUGCCGCCUCAAAUGCAGGCUCAUCUCGCUCAAGGAUCUCUCUCGCCUACCACAUUGCAGACCAACCUCGCCAGCUUGCCCAACUUCGACCUCGAAGGCUUUUUCCGUAAUGCUCAGGCUGGCGUCUCGAACAGUGCUGACUUUGCGCAGCUCAUGGCCAUGGCUGCCGCUGCAGCACUUCCUCCUCAUCUUCGUCCCAACUCGAGCAUUGUCGGCCCAAUCCCAGCCUUUUCGCAAGCUUCGCCUCCCAUGCCCAACCAGAACAUGGAACAGGCGCCCGUGCCUCGUAUCUCAAAGCUUAUCCCAGGCGAAGGUCCGACCAGUGGUGGUAUCGAAGUCACAGUUCUCGGAGAGAACUUCACCGAGGGCAUCACUUGUGUCUUCGGAGACGUGCCAGCAGCCAACACCAAGGUGUGGGCAAGCAACACGCUCGUGUGUCUCCUGCCGCCCAGCUCGAGCCCUGGCCCAGUCGUUGUCAGCGUGAAGGGUGCCGCACAAGUCGUCCAGCCACCACCUGUCAAUGGGCCCUUGCAGCUCUUCACUUACAUCGACACCACCGAUCGAGCGCUCAUGGAGCUCGCGCUGCAGGUCGUCGGUUUGCAGAUGACCGGACAGAUGCGAUCUGCUCGCGAGGUUGCGAUGCGUGUGGUCGGCUCUGGCGCCGGUCAGCAGCCUAGCUUGCCGGUUACCUUCAGUGGCUCAAAUGUCGGUAAUGGCGGUAUCAAUCACGCACAGGCCCGCGAGGCUGUCGCUGGCAUGUUCACCAGUCGAUCGCAGAGUUCUAACUUCCAGGACAGUGUUGUACAGUUCCUUUCGUUGCUUGACGUUGAUGUUGAUGCGGCCGAGAGCACUGAGCGACGCACAGAUGCAAUCCGCCUCGCCAACAAGCAAGGUCACACUUUGCUUCAUCUCGCCACUUUGAUGGGCUUCCACCGUCUCGUCGAGGCUCUCAUCAGCCGAGGCUGCCCACUCGAUGCUCGCGACCGCAAUGGCGAGACUGCUCUGCACUUUGCCGCCAUCCAGGGUCGUGUCACGAUCGCCCGUAUGCUGCUGCGAGCCGGCGCACGCGACGAUGUUGCCGACAUCAAUGGCUUGUACGCUGUCGACUUGGCUCGCAACCAUGACCAGAUUGAUGUCGAGCUUAUCCUUGACAACACUUCUCGCACAGGACACUGGCAGACACGACGCCUCACUUCACACGCAGCUUCGAGCCUCAACUACGACGAGGACGAGGAAGACAUCGUUUCCGACGAGCUCAGCAGUGACUCCAGCGAUUCGAACGUGGACGAGGACAACGUCAGCACCAGCUUCGACGAGUACAGUGACGAUAGCUCCUCUGUCAGCGGUGACGAGGCGCACGAGCCUCGUCGGACACAUUCCACCGAAGUCGCGGACGACAUCGAAGUCCGACAGGCUGUCUCAGAGUUGCCGACGCCCGUUAUCGAUGAGAAGGCUUCCCUCAAGGCAGCCGAGGCGCUCAGCGAAAAGCACAACUCCACGAAGGCAGAACAGGAAUCUGCCGUCAACAAGUCUUGGCUGUCCAAGGCAAGCGACACAAGCGCAGACUGGAUGAACCGAGCGUUCUUGCCGCAGACGGUAGCACACAAGUUUGCUCAACUCCACAUGCCUGCAAUGCCGGCGAUGCCAGCCAUCAACGUCUUCCAUCUUGGUCUCCCCGCUCCUGGUUUCAUGCCGUGGUCUGGUGCUCAACGCUGCGAACGUGGCGACAUUCCGGGAGCAUCCAUCAAGGAGCUUGGCGACGACAAGGGCAAGGCUCGAUCCAAGGAUGCGCCCACAGCGCAGGCAUGGGAACAGGAUGAGCGUGGUCGCCUCCUCACUUUGUGGAAGAACAUCGUCGAGGAGGGUGCUUGGGGUCUCAACCCGUUGUACUCGCCGCCGCCCGCAUAUGAGUCGGUUGCUGCCUCCGAGGAACAGAGUGAUCCAACACGCUCCACACAGGCGGCGACUUUGUCCGCAGCUGCAGUCUCGUCCGAAGCGACCUCUGAAGCCAGCACUCCAACCGCUGGUCCAUCCCGCAGACCCUCAGCGCGACGACGCACAGCUCACAGCAGCAACGAGGUUUCCACGCAAGCGUCUACAUCUGCACCGGCGCUAUCCGCCAAGGCAGGGCCAUCCGCCAGCAGCACCGGCAAGGGAAAAGCAAGCACAGUCCACAGCUCGAACACCUCUGUCGCACGUCGGCGCAAGAACCAGCUUCAGCUCCGCGACGACGCCAUGCUUGUAUGGUUCUGGAUCCCAGUUCUGCUCAUUGCCGCUGUUGUUCUCCUUUUCUCCAAGAGCUCGAGCAUCUUCAGCUACGCCGACUUGAUGAGCUACUUGGACCUGCCCGCCGUUGGACGCAACUGA